AUGGAAUACAAGUUUGAAGUUCAGUGUGAAAUGGAUAUCGGGUUGAACCUCGAUCUCAUUGAUCCCAACACGUACAAAGUCGACAGUGCCGCCGAAAUUCAGCUUAACGAGAAGGAUGCCUUACUACUGGAAGAUGAAGAUUCAAACGCUAAACAGAUCAAGAGGUCUGCACAACAUUCCAAAGUGGUUCCGUGGAUGCGAAAAACGCAGUAUAUUUCAUCAGAAUUCAAUAGAUUUGGUGUAGCUGCAGACAGGCAAGAAAUCAAAGUAGGAUAUAACCUAACAAAGAAUAAGGAGAACUUGACGAUAUUCCGCGAUAGGCAGAGCCAAAUUACUCUGAUCACAAAGUCUUUCGAAGAUUGCAAAGUACCGAUUCGGAAACAUUUCACAAAGAAAGGAGUUACUGCCGUCGAGGAGAUACCCAUAUUGCCAGAUUUUACGCUUUGGAAGUAUCCGUUCGCGGUGGUGCAGUUCGAUGUUGAUCCAACGCUAACAAUUCGCACCCGAGCUCUGUGA